GGGCUCGGCUCAAGAGACUCCUUCCUUCCAGCGCGGUUGCUGAGGACCUGGCGGUGCUAGGAGUUUUAACUGAUCUAGCCAGCUGGCAACCAUGAAUGAAUGGAUGAAGAAAGGCCCCUUAGAAUGGCAAGAUUACACUUACAAAGAAGUCAGAGUGACAGCCAGUGAGAAGGAGUAUAAAGGAUGGGUUUUAACCAUAGACCCAGUCUCUACCAAUAUUGUCCUUGUGAACUUCCUUGAAGAUGGCAGCAUGUCUGUGACCGGAAUUAUGGGACAUGCUGUGCAGACUGUUGAAAUUGUGAAUGAAGGGGACCAUAGCGUGAGAGAGAAGCUGAUGCAUUUGUUCAUGUCUGGAGACUGUAAGGCGUACAGCCCUGAGGAUCUGGAAAAGAGAAAGAACAGCCUGAAGAAAUGGCUGGAGAAGAACCACAUCCCCAUCACUGAAGAGGGAGAUUCACGAAGGACUCUCUGUGUGGCUGGGGUCUUGACUAUAGACCCACCAUAUGGUCCAGAAAAUUGCAACAGUUCUAAUGAAAUUAUUUUGUCCCGUGUUCAGGAUCUUAUUCAAGGACACCUGGCAGCUUCCCAAUGAGAGGCCAAGAACUAUGGAUGCACUGAUUGAAAUAAGACUUCAUUUUUUGAAAAUUCUUUGUUGUUUUUGGUAAAAUCAAAGAUGGGGAUUAUCAGUGUUAAUAAGUGAACUGGGCAAGGAUGACAUCACAAACAAAAUUAACAUAGGGACAUCAGAAUUAUAAGAGCCUUUCCUUUUGAUGGGGAUACACCUCCAUUUCUGUCAGGCAAGAAAUGUAUGUGAAAAAGAUGCAACAUGUUAGAUUCAAUAUAAAAUGCUAAGGUAAAAUCACAGUCUUGUUACAUCCCUUGCACUAACUAGAU